CCACAAUGGGGUUGGUUCACCGAGUACACCGGUCCGCUUUUCGGACAAGGUGGACUCAGGAGGUGACCCAGCAUGACAGUGUACUCCUCCAAGUGUGCCUCGACCAGUCCAUUGGUGGAAAUUAUGAGUGGGAGAAUCACCACCGACCUGAGAGCGCUACCAGGAUACCUCCCAUGGAGCGCCUUGCUAUGCCACUCCCGAAUGAGUUGUGCCUCUGUUAUACCACCAACUGGUCCCUCCUGGCUGCUCAGAUUUAAUGGAGUCAAGUUCUCGUCACUCCGACAUAUAGCCUGCAAAAGAGGGACCCCGUAUAUCUUUAGAACUUUAAUGAGCCAGGUGUGCGGCACAGAAUCAAAGGCCUUUUUGUAGUCCACCCAGGCGACUGAUAUACUCCUUUGUUUCUUUUUUACCUGUUUAGCGAUGACGUAAUCUGUUAUUAGUAGCUCCUUACAUCCUCGGGUGUCCCCACGACAUCCACCCUGUUCUUUAGCAAGUAUGUUAUUUUUGUUAACGUGUCGCCAUAUGUGUCUUGUUUAAACUCCUGUAAGUAAUUUAUAGACCGUGGAAAGGCAGGUGAUCGGCCUGUAUUUUUCUGGGUCUUGGGUUAUUUCCCCUUUUGGUACCAUAAUAGUAGUUCCUUGCGUGAAAUAAUGGGGUAUUAUUGUAGGAUCUUUCAAGGUUUGCUGGAAAAGUUUAGCUAAAUGUUGGUGAGUAGCCGUGAAGUGUUUCCACCAGUAAUUCUGUACUCCAUCCACUCCCGGAGUUGACCAAUUGUUAGUUUUUCUGAGCACCGAUUUUAUAUCCUCAACGGUGAUUUCUACAUUUUCACUGGAAUAUCUGGAAGGUUCCUUUUCCGCCUCCUUGAUCCAUGAAGCUUGGCUAUCGUACGUCUUUUCUACCUCCCAUAUUCCUUUCCAGAAAAGAUGCAUGGCUUCUUCCUCUGGUGGCUCUCCUACUUCAGAUGGUCCCUCCUCUAAACUUCUGAAAAAUUUUUGCUGGUUUUGGUAGUAUAAUUUGUUAUUUUUAUACCUUUUAACCCUUUCAUUAUAGCGUCUUAUUCGAUUACCUAAAA